AACCAAAAUGGGGCGUGUUAUUCGAGCACAAAGGAAGGGUGCUGGAAGUGUGUUCCGAUCGCAUACAAAGCACCGAAAGGGGGCACCUCGUCUUCGUGCACUUGACUUCGCAGAAAGACACGGUUACAUCAAGGGAGUAGUGAAAGACAUUAUCCAUGACCCUGGACGCGGUGCUCCAUUAGCUCUGGUUCAUUUUCGUGACCCAUACCGUUUCAAGACACGCAAGGAGCUGUUUAUUGCACCUGAAGGGAUGUACACAGGCCAGUUUGUGUACUGUGGAAAGAAAGCAAAUCUUCAGAUUGGAAAUGUAAUGCCUGUUGGCAGUAUGCCAGAAGGCACUAUUGUAUGCAACCUUGAGGAGAAGACAGGUGACCGUGGCCGACUGGCUCGUGCCUCUGGUAAUUAUGCUACUGUGAUUGCUCAUAACCCUGAUACAAAGAAGACUCGUGUCAAGUUGCCAUCUGGGGCAAAAAAGGUGAUGCCCUCAAACAACAGAGCUAUGGUUGGUAUUGUUGCUGGUGGCGGAAGAAUUGAUAAGCCAAUUCUGAAAGCUGGACGUGCAUACCAUAAAUACAAGGCUAAGCGCAAUUGCUGGCCUAAAGUACGAGGUGUGGCUAUGAACCCUGUGGAACAUCCUCAUGGUGGUGGUAACCAUCAGCACAUUGGCAAAGCCUCCACUGUUAAGAGAGGAACCAGUGCUGGUCGUAAGGUUGGUCUUAUUGCUGCAAGAAGAACUGGCAGAAUUCGUGGUGGAAAAACUGAUACCAAGAAGGGAGAUGAUUAGAUUGACAGAUCAUGUAUUGUGUACUUGAAUAUGUAUCAUUGGUUUGGUUAAUAUAUUUGAGAAUACAGUAAUUUGA